GUGUUGUUAGCCCGAGUCAUUUCUGGUUUUACGAUCGAAAGUGGUGUUGUGUAUCGGUGUCCCUGCUACGAAAACUUCUCGAUGGCCUCUCAAAUACCACGAGUCGAUAUUGUUUUCCUGGCGUACAGCCCGGUUGCCGGGAAGGCCCCGUCGGUUACGCUGGAUAGCAUUUGCACGGUUAGUUUGUACGAGUUGCAGCGACAUCUUCAGACGAAGCGUGCUGAACGGAACAGUAUGGGUGUGGCGGCGUACAAACACUACAAAUGGUACAAUGCGGUGCUGGCAGAGGAGCUACGAACGAUCGGCAAAGGACAAUCGCGUCCUUUGCUGCAGGCUUUCCAUUGGUACAUCGAAACCUCCAACAGAGAUGCGUUCCGAAUCGAGGAUCAGCAUUACGAUGCCGUAUCGCUAAUAGUGACGGCUGAGGUUGAACACUGGUAUUGUGCUCGCCCUGGCCCCAGUGUCCAGGGUAGUCGGGCACGGAUACCGUUCGGUGAACAAUCGAACAUUACGAUCGCACCACUAACGCCGAAAGUUGUCUCCAGUCAGCAGCUGCUACGCCGACACCGAUCGACAACUCUCGAAAGAAUUAGAGAGGAAUGUUAAAGCAUCUCCCCGUUCUCAUUGUGCUAGUUGUGUUGUGUUUUUGUUACCUUGUGGCCCUCAUUUAUCAAAUUGGGCAAGAACAUUGUGUACGUACUAUCACCUCCUUUACCACCCUAGCUCCUACAGCCUAUCAGAUCUC